GAGAGAGAGAGAGAGAGAGAGAGAGAGAGAGAGAGGAUCCCAGCAGCUCUCCGGCUACAGACACGCGUCACAGACACAUCGGUCGCUCUUUACGGUGAAACGCGCGACACAGGCCUGAAUCCUCCACCGUAAACCGACACACACAGACGAUCGUUAUAAGAGGCACAUGAGCAGCCAAACCUUUUCAGAGGAAACGAACGAGUGGCUAAUGACAGCGACCGAGCGAGUGACCGGGAAGAAAACGAGGAAAAUCCAGAAAUAACGCGCGACUCCGGAGCGACAUUAUAUUCAUCCCGAGGGUUUGUCCUUCCAACUGAAGAAAACCAUGAAAUCUUCUACUUACAGCACCUGAAAGAGAUUUACAUAAUCAAGACACAAUGGAAGAGCCGUACAAAGAUUCUGUAGCCGUAGACAUGGCGAGCCCCCAGGAGGAGGUCUGCAACGGUGGAGCCGCCACCACCACUGAUGCAGUUGGGAAACUCGAAGGGGAGGCCACUCCAAUUAUUCCAACCGAGACAUGGAAUGUCAGCUCUCCAACUAUCACAAAGCGGUCCCUGUCACCCCUGCUAACAAUACAAGCCACCCCAGUAGUGACCCCGGCUGCUGAAUCUCCCAACGGUGUUGCCCUGAAGGUUGCUACAACUGUGCUUCAGCCAAUCUGCUUGGGGGAGAGUCCAAUGGUGUUGCCCAUCCUUGCUGGUCCAGCUGCCCCUCAAGUUGGACAAUCAGGGACAACUUCAUAUCUGAUGACUAGUCAGGGUCCUGUGUCCCUACCCCUGGUCUUGGAACAACAAGUCCUCCAACAUUUGAAUCCUCAAUUGCUUCAACAAACAGCAACUUGUCCUCUCCCGCUACAGAACAACAUCCUGUGCCAGAACCCUUCCCUUGCUCUUGGACCACCUCCAGUCCUGGACCAGAAAGGCUCAAGUCCAAUGUUGGAUACUAGUCUACUGACUCUCCUUCAGAACCCUAACUUUGCAGCAAUCUUACAGGACCUCUUCCCUGGCCAAGGGAACUCCUCGCCCACUUGCCACCAAGCGUCUUCCCCGCAAGUAGACCUUGCCUCUGCGUUCCUUUCCCCUCCACCUCUCUCGCACCCCUACAUUUCUCCACUAGCCCCUCUGGUGCCUCCAGCCACCCUGCUCGUGCCCUAUCCCGUUGUGAUCCCACUUCCAGUGCCUCUUCCAAUCCCAGUGCCAAUCCCAGUCCCAGUCUCCAUGUGCAAAGACUCAAAGGUUGAGGUAGACUCCCUGAAACCGGCUUGUACUUCGAGUAAAAGCACACAGACGUCACCUAGUGACAUCUCCCCUCAUUUGACAUUAACCAGCAGGGAAAUGGCAGUAGUCCAACAACCUAUUCCCUCUUGCUCGUACCCUGUAGUGACAGACGGAGAAGUGCUAGACUUAUCCAUAAGGGCGCCUCAACCGUCAACACUUGUGGACGUUCCACAAGGGAUCCAGCCGUUUCAGCAAGACAGUGUCCUUGAUUUGUCUGUACCUAGUAUAAGAAAGACAUGCAUCCAGUCUUGUAGCACGUAUGGGCCAUUGGCCCCAGAGCGGGAUAGAGUGUGCCACAUUGGGGACAGUGUUAGCGGUGGGGCUUUGGCUCUUGGGGUUCUUCGGCCAGUAGACUGCUCGCCAAAGCUAGAUACCAAACUGCUGAGUGGUUUAGCAUCUCUAGAGUUCAGCAGACAGCACAAGUGGGUGGUAGACAGCGGUCAUGGUAGCACAGUAGCUGGGGCGGUACAUGACUCUGCGCUCACCGGAAGCGGCAACAUCGAGAUCGUCAGCACGUCGCAGACUGCCAAAGUCAUUGUGUCUGUCAAAGACGCCAUGCCUGCCAUUUUCUGCAGCAAGUUAAAAGGAUUGUCAGGCGUUUCUACAAAGAACUUUUCCAUUAAACGUGACGCCAGUCAGGGGGGCUUCGCAACACUGCCCAGGGUCCCGGGGGAUCAGCGAGGAGAAUCAAGUGACCCGCUCAAAAAGAUCUCUAAAAACAGAGGUAUCAAACUGAAGAAAGUGAGCUCCCAGGAGAUUCAUAUACUGCCCAUAAAAAAGCAGCGACUGACAGCGUUUCUACCCAGAAAAUAACACAUGCUCUUGCUUUUAGAGUGAGAGGGAAAAACCAAGGACAUAAGCAAAGAAAAAGCUACUGUUGUGUAGCUGCAGUGAAAAAAAAAUUGGUCCAAGAAAUUUAACCAGGGUAUGAUGAUGCUAAAUGCAUUCCUGGCAGAAAUAAGGCCUAAAGCUUGUUCUCCAAGCUGUCCAAAUGAUUUACACGGAUGCAGGCCGCCUCUGGUCUGACAGUUUGCCAUUUAAUCCAUUCAUUAUAAAGCAAUCAGCUGAAGUCAACAGAAUAAUGCUCCAAGUAAAAGAACCAAUCUGAACAGGCCAAACUGCACUACUACUGAUAUUCUUUAGCAUUUGCAGCAUUAUUGCCAGAAUCGUUUCCCUUCCUAUGCAUUUUGAUUUUGGUCACACAUCCUCAUGAAUGAUUCAUCACACUUAAUCUGCAUUGUCAUUAAUAUGCAUGAGAUCGGUUUUGAAACCUGGCCAGCUGUCAGUGAGAAACACAACGUGUAGCGCUGACAAAUUCUCCUCUUGCUAAUAUGCUUUUGCGGAACUCUUGCUCUCCCCUCGCUGUUUACACUUGCAGUGCAAGACGUUUCCCAUUUUUGGUCCUAAUGAACUGUAGAAGGGAACCGUGACCUUUUGCUUCCCUAAUCACUGUAUUAAUCAGUGGGGCAUUGGAGCGGAGCAUCCUCUUUGAAGAACAGGAGGGGUAAGCAGUUAGCAUGGCAGCCUGAUAAUGACUUGGCAAAGCGCAGACCUCAGUUUCAUUAAGUCUGAUGAUUGGAGGAAAUGGUUGUCAGUAGCAACAAAGCGUAGUCUUCAUCAUCCUCCCUUUGGGGGGCAGAAAGCCUCCCCCCACCCGCCCCCAACCAAAUUAAAACUAAAUAAUCAUCAGGGGUUCGUCCCUAACGACAACAAAUCUGAGUGAAAUGGCUUAUUAAUGCUGUUUUUAUGGCCAUGGGUUCAACUGCAAGACAUAUUUUAGGUUAUUGUCAGCCAGCUGUGUGAACAGUUUCAGUUUUAACAGUGUACAGAUUUUAAUGAUCUUUAUAAUGAUACCUACAGUGUUUUGGAUGGUGAAUUGCCGACAAUGGACCUCAAGAGUUCUAAAUGAAAUCCCUUAGCGAGCAUUAUGGUCAUUUUUUUCCCAUUCUUUAUACAUGUUACUGGUCUUAUUGUGCAAGAAUCAUCAGUGUAUGUUAUCCCACAUGUUUUGUAGUCUUUCAUGACAAUGAGAUGACUUUUAUUGCCUUUCUGGGUGAUGUCAGCAAGGUUGCACAAGCAAUAGGCUAAUAUUAAGGCUAUUUAGUCAUUGUUUUAAGCUACUGUUCCAGGUAAUGCAGUCUUUCUAAAAUCUUGAUAAUAGAUAAUGCAGCAAUUUAAUGCCAAGUAACAUUACUGGAAUACAGUUUACGGCAAUAAUAGCAAAUAAUGAUAGAGUUGAAAAAGAAGCAUUAACAUUUGAAUAUGUGGAGAUGCUCUUCAGGGUGAACUUGACCUUCAGUCCCAGUCAAAAGGCCUCUUCAAAAGUGUAAGUUGGUGAUAUUUACAAUUAGGUCUGGCUUCAUUCUCCCUCUUUCCAUGAUCAACUAAUGGAUAAAAUCAAGUGCCACCCGAAUGUGAAUGCUGCUUCAAGGCACUAAAAUCUGUAUUAUUGUAGCUUUCAUGUGGUUGUGAUUUUUUUCAGUUGUCUCGUGGUUUGAUUGAUAUUGUGAGGGCGUGUUUCGAACCGCAGGUUUCCACCCUCUCAUUAACCUUCUGAUCAUCCCAGCCAGUUUAGUAAUCAACUUAUUAAAACAGUUGACAGACGGAUCAGCCAAAUUAGCCCCAUGAGCAUGUCGUAGCUUAAAUAUUUUUUUUUUUAGCAAAAUCUUAUGUCUUAUUUCUUUUCAUUUUUGGGUGCAAUAAGACCUGCACAUGCUCUUGACAAUUCAUCCCAAAAUAUAAUUUCCAAACAACGUGAGUGAACUUAGUAAAUCAAAUAUUAUUCUAUAGGAAACGGUGUGUACGUAAAAUAAUUUACUGCCAACUUUUAAAUGGCGACAGAACAUCUGCCAGAUGCAAGGACAUCUCCACAGCAAAAUAACCAGCUUUUCACUUUAAAUGUGUUAUCUUGGGCUACGGCCAAACCAAGAUGAGUCUAAUUUGGUCACUGAUGAAGAUUUCAUGUAACAUUGAGUACCAGUAUGAUGAAUUGGCUCAGAUGCGACUUUCCUUCAGGCCACUUUCAGCAGAAUCGAAAGAAACACACCCUCAGAAUAGUCCAUAGAAAGUAAAAUGAAAAUAAUGAGCCAGGAUUUAUUUGACAUGUCAGUAUGAAAUGUGCAGACUCGUGUUUACGUGUUUGUUUAUUGAAAUUCCUGCCGAAGGAAAAUCAGGAAGGCGUCUCAGUUCACAUUGAGCCAGGAAAGGUUUUCAUGUCGAACUGACUGAACUUUCUCAAAAUAGCAAGUAUUGGUUCAAUCAAUUAACACCAAAUACAUUUGAUGAACUGCUGUGCAAUUUUCCUUGUUUUUUCCUGUCAGUACUGAAAUGUGUGUGUGUGUGUGUGUUUUUUAACUGUAAAGCCUUAAAUCAUUUCCUGGCAUGUGAUAGAUUUUCACUCUUCCCAGAUUUACACAAAAGAAAAAAACAAUCACCAUCAGCAUGAACACCAGAUGAAUAAACCAUGACUGUUUCUAUGAUGUGAAUUAAUUUAUGUGUCAGAUGACCCUCCAACUCUUUUAUAGGUACUGAAAUUUUAAGUAUUGAAUGUUUUUUUUUUUUUUUUUUUACCAUGAACAACUUUUGUAAAUAACUGAAUGGGUAAAAGAAUGAAAAAAGAGAGUCUGGUGAUGUUUUAAAUUAUUUAUUUAUUAUUUGUAUCAUUUAAAAUGUUGAAAAUGUGUACGUGACGAAUGCAUUAGCUUUAAAAAUUUCAUGAUUAAAAACGUCUCUGGUAUCAAGAA